AUGGCUAGAUCUCAGCUUCUCUACAAGGCUUCUGCGGAUACCGGAUUUCAUGGAGAUGCCGAAUUUAGAGCAUUUGAAUCUGAAGAAAUUUUGGAGAAGUUUCCAGAAAUCCUUGGAAGAAUGAAGCCAGCGUUAGAGAUUAUGGUGAGAGGCACUGGGAUAAGGGAAAUGCCGUCAUCUAUUAUUCAGCACCAAACUCAUCUUACAUUUCUAGAAUUGAGUUCUAUGUCAAACCUUGUAGCUCUUCCUAGCCGCAUUUGCAUGUUGAAAGGAUUGGUGAAGCUAAAUGUGUCACACUGUUCAAAACUUGUAGCUCUUCCAAGCAGCAUUGGCAUGCUGAAAGGAUUGGUGAAGCUAAAUGUGUCACACUGCUCAAAACUUGUAGCUCUUCCAAGCAGCAUUGGCAUGUUGAAAGGUUUGGUGAACCUAAAUGUGUCGUUCUGCUCAAAACUUGAAACUUUGCCAGGAGAGAUAGGCAAUUUAGGAAACUUGGUGAAGCUAGAUGUGUCGUGGUGCUCAAAACUUGAAAGCCUGCCUGAAGAGAUAGGUGAUUUGGAUAACUUGGUGAAACUUAAAGCUAGCUAUACUCAAAUUUCACAACCUCCGUAUUCCAUCGUCCAGUUGAACAAGCUUAUAUUCUUGAGUUUUGAAAGACAAUGUUUAGAGGAUGGAGUGUACUUUGUGUUCCCUCAGGUGGAUGGAGGGUUACGCUCAUUGCAAAUUCUGGAUCUCAGUUUCUGCAAUCUAAUAGAUGAGGGACUUCCGGAAGACGUUGGAUGCUUAUCGUCUUUGAAAGAGUUGCAUCUCAGUGGAAAUAAUUUUGAGCAUUUUCCUGGAAGCAUAGCCCAACUUGUUGCUCUUAAAACCUUGUACCUACACAGCUGCCAGAAUUUCUAG